GCCUUCACUUCUGAUCGCAGCUCACUGAAGCAGCAGUGAUGGCAGGCACGACUGCGCUGUCACUUCAACAGUUCAUUGCCUCAUUGGACAAAUCUUGUCUACCAACAAUUUUACAAGUUUGCUCUGGAGUGUAUUUCCAAGGGUCUAUAUAUGAACUUUCUGGGAGUGAAGUCUGCUUUUCUACUGGGGAUCUAAUAAAGGUCAUUGACAUUGAGCUCCUAUCGGUUUCCUGCGAAGACAUCAGCAACGAUGAGAAGUUUGAGCUUCCUAUCAACCACACAGGUUUGUUCAAGGUUGUUCCAGAGGAGAUGCCGUACACUUCAGUGGAGGAGAUGGUGAGCCUGAGGCCCCUGGACCUGGAGUCCUGUCUUCCCUUCACUUUCACCAACCGCUCAAAGAUAACUGUUGGAAACUUCACACUGGGGGCAGGCCGAGCUUUGACAGUGCUCUCCAUCGAGCGGCGUGAGGGUGAGGUGGAUCAUGUGCGCUGCCAUGUUAAAGGACAACAGGAAACCUCUGCAGAAGUGUGUAUCCCACUUUCUGCCCAAGGGGAGUUCAAAGUGUGUGAAAGUGAGGAGCGCUUCACUCUGAGAGAAAUCAUGUCCUCGCCCUGCCUGUGCAGUCGAAAGUUUCGCUUCAUCAACACAACCAAGUGUGAUCGGCCCCUGGUCCUCUGUCCAAUAUACACGGUCCACGCCAUCAUGAGCAUGAGGAAGAACGUGUUGAAGUUUCCCUCCAGCUUAGAGGUGGAUGUGGUCGAUGCCACUGAGCUGUGCGAGGACGUGAACUUUGUGACGCCGCUCAGUCUGACAGAGGUCUUUUCCCAGCCGGAAGAAUCCUUCCCUGCUGUAGUGGAGAUACUGGAAGUCCCUGAGACACGCUCUCUGUUCAAGUGCAGCUGGCUGUCAGAAAUGAAAUUGGGCAGUAACCUGAUUUUCCACAAGAAAAGCUCCACAGCCAUGGUUCUGUUAUCCAGCCUGAAGAGCCGAAAGUCUCAGCAGUUCUUCCUGGUGUCUCAGCAAUACGGUGGACGAUUCCGCAGGCGGCCGAGAGAGUUUAAUUCAGUGUACGAGCUGCAUGUUGCUUCAUCCCAGGCACCAGCUCUGAAAGUGGGUGUCACGAGGAGCUGUGAGGAGGAGGGCCUGCCUGCGCUCAGUGUGGGGGAACAGCUGGAGGUUGUUCGCUGUGAGACCGUGGAGCUGCCUUGUGAAAGCAACAAGGAACAGACGCAGUUUGUCGAGGCUCUGCUGUGUCUGCGUCUCCAGGACCCAGACGAUGGGGAUGAUGAUGAUGAUGAUGAAGAUGAAGACAAGGUGAUGCAGGAGAAUGGCAGAGAGGAGAUUGUUCUGCCUCUGUACAUGCAGGGUCACUUUGUGGAAGUACUCAGUGAUAGCAAGAAGUACAAACUCAAGGACUUGGGUAAGGAGUUUAGUUUGCCCCUGAAUGUUAAAGUGGUGAGCCGGGACACUGAACUCGAAGCCGAUCCACUCGCUGGGUUUGCGUGUCUCAGAAUAGAGGCGGCCAUGUUGGAGCCCACCAUCCAGGCAAGCUUUGCACACAGGCCAGAACACUGUUUUGAAAUCCCAACGGAGUGGCUCUCUAUGUCUGUCCAUUUUACCAAGGACCCCCUUCCAUGGCCCAGCAGCCAACCCCCUAAAUGCCAUUUGGACCGAGUCACUGAGGUGACAGACAUGUUCUUUUAUGAAUUUCGCAAACAGGGGAACUACGACGCAGCUCCUCCACCCCGACCCCCUAAGCGAAAUAUGUCAUCUUCAAAGUCUCUCAAAACCCCAUCAAAACCCUCAAAAAAGUCAAUCAAAGAGUCAUCCAACAAGAGCGUCCCGAGCACAGAGUUAGCCACUUUGACUUUGGAUGGCAAGCGAAGGCCCCCAGCUCCCCCGCCUCCAGGUAUUUUGACUGAUCAGCCUCCACCAUUAGUACCCCGAAAGCACUCUGUGACUACAGGCAAUGCUCGGCCAAACACCUAUGUGCAAAGGGAGGACUCCAAGAAAAAAGUGCAUCUGCCUGAAAUCGCACCAGAUGUGGACAGCGACCAUGACUAUGAAACUGUGGAUGAGACUUUUGCCACGAUCCUGAAGGAUGCGCAAGAGAAUGUCAUGUUUUACUGAAAUGAUGUCCUGCCACGACAGAAACAAAUCAAAUAUAGGCGGAGGGAACUGAAAAGAAAAUGGCAUAUUGCAGUGUUUUUAUGCUCUUCCAUCUUGAUUUCUUUUAGAGAAGAAAGGGUUUAAAUAAGGUUAGAUAUUUCCGCUGAAGAGGCCCUAUCGUGCUUUUUGGGGUUUUCCCUUUCCUAUAGUGUGUUAAGAUAAGAUAAGAUAAGAUGAUACUUUAUUGAUCCCAAUUUGGGACAUUUUUUGUUAAAUGGGUUUUUGUGCAUUUAACUGAAACGCCUCAAUUGGACUCCUUUGUUUACGUCUGUAACAUAGUGACAUCACUCGUUCUUCUAUAAGAGCUCCAACACACUGUACAUGAUAGGCUAAGGGGCGGGACAUCUCUAAGCGGUUGACCAAUCACAACCAGCACAACAUACUGGGCUCUGGUUUCAGACAGAGGGUGAAAAGAGGCAGCAUGAGAACAAUUAAGAGCUUUUUGAUCAUUAAAGCAGGGACACAUGUCACAGUAGAGACAUUAAAUACAAAUAUGGAACUGAAAAUAAGAAUGAUAUGUCCUCUUUAAAUAUUAAACUAAUCAAACAUAAGCUUCUACCGGUACUGCUUUGAUGAUUUACAGGAUUUAUAACAGCCCACAGGGCUUUUGGUGGCUUGUGUCCUGACUUGUUUUAAUCAGACGUUUAGAGUGCAAACAAAGUGAACAAUAGGCAAGAACAUGGGAAGUCAUUCAGUUUGGGGACAGUUUGAUUAGCUAAUGUUUGCCCACACAUUGUCUCGCAGUGGAUCAAAACAUACCAACCUUGCUUCUAAUGUGGUCAGCGAAACACUUUGAGUCUCCAACCCUUUGUUUCUGCGCUCUAACCACUUUAUUCUCCUCAUGAUUGAAAGUGGCUGCAGCUGUGUCGCAAACCUUUAUCAUAAACAUACUGCCCUUGUCAUAUUUAUUGUACCAUUUGUUGUAUCAGUAUAUGUGUGCUUUUUAAUCAAGCUUGUGAGAAUAUUGUGUAUUUAACUAGAGUUUCAGGGGCUGUAGCUUGUCAUUUUGUGUAUAAUAACGUCUGAUUGUGCAGUACACAGCCGUUACUCUGAAUAUACCAUCCUGAAGAGACAGCAAUGCUUUCCAGUAUAACACGACAACCCUUGUAAAACACCAGUGUUGAAUAUUGGGUCAAAAAACGCAUAUUUACGAGUUUCGCAAUGUGAACCUUCGACAGUAUACGUGCAAACUUACAAGUUAACAAAAGCUGGGUGGGUCUUAACCACAUUUACCACAAAAUAGCAGUGGCUCCCUGGAAGUCACAGCCAAAACAUGUGUGAACAACAUUGUAACACUUUUUUUGGUACUUAUGAAAUGAAAAAGUAAUGCAGAAGUUCAUUGUAUUUCCCCAUUUCAUUUAGGUUUACAUUUUUUUCUUCAAAUACAAACGUACUGUACAUGUAUUUGUCUGUAUUGUUAUUUUGUACUAAAGAUGUUUGUCUCAACAACAUCGAGGCUUCAUAAUCCACUUUACUUUGUUUAGAUAUUUAUAGACAGAUAUUUUUGCUCUACAUGUCUGCAUCCUGCCCACAACUGAACUGAACAACAGGUGGACUUAUUCAAGUAAAGACAGACAUCUGAAGUGGGAGGAUAACAAAUGUAUCGUUUUGUGGCGUCACAACUUAAUACUCAUGUAAAUAAAGUGCUCCUGUAUUUGAA